AUGGCAAAUUCAUCGUUAUCUUUGAAUAAGAUUUCUGAUUAUAAUUGGUGUAUACCAUGGACUGGACCAGUAUAUUUAUAUGGACAUUUAAUUCCAGCUAUUGCUUUAUUUAUUUUUGGUGUUACUUUUAAUCCAAUAGCACUUUAUUAUUUUUCAACAUCACAUUAUUUUCGUCAUAAAGCAUAUGCAUAUUAUUUUUUAGCUAUUGCUACUGUUGAUCUUGUUCGUUUAAUACUAUGGUGUCUUUUUUUAUUACUUGAUUAUAAAAUAUUGAAAUUUCAUUUUUAUUCAUUUGAAUGUUCAGUGCAAACGUUUUCGGAAUCAGUUGCAAGUUCAAUUAGUGCUUGGUUGACAGUUUCAUUAGCUGUUGAACGUUGUGUAGCUGUAUCUAAACCAUUUGAAACAUACACUGAUAAAAAAGGCAAACAUGCUCUUAUUGUUAUAUCUAGUGUUAUUUUGGCAUCAUGUGCAAUUAAUUCACUUCUUCUAUGGCCAGGAUUCUAUGUACAAAGAGUGUAUGUCAAAGAAAUUCGAAUAAUAAUAUGUAAUUAUAACAAUCCUUCAAUGAGAAAUCUAACUGAAAAUAAUAAUACGUUGAUAUUAACAUCAAAUAUCAAACGAAUAUAUUUAAUGUCUAUAGUAAUAAUUCGUGUUGCUAUUCCAUUCAUGUUACUUCUUUUAGCAAAUAUCAUACUUCUUGGAAGUAUACGUAAAAAUGAAAAAAAAUCAUUAAUAUAUGGAAGAACAACAUUUCUUCGUCGUCAUAGUUCUCCUCCACGCAUAACACCAAUGAUUUUAUUUUCAUCAUGUAUUCUUCUAUUAACAAUAUCACCUAGAUAUUUAUUUCAAUUUUAUGUAAAUUUUUUUGAAGAAUCUUUAAAUUGUUCAUUAAUACAUUUUGCUCCACAUUUAUUAAAAACACUUGAAUUAUUUAAUUAUUCAUUAAAUGUAUUUGUAUCUGUUAUUAGUGGUAAACAGGCUCGACAUGAAUUACAUAAUAUGUUAUUAUGUCGAUCAAAAACUUUAAAUUUACAAUUUGAUGGCUCAUUACAACAAAAUUCAUGUUUAACAUUUAAUAACCGAUCAAGACAUAUAACUUAUGAUCAAAUGAAUCUAACUCAUACAUCACUUCUUCCUAAUAAUACUAAUGUUGAUUAA